UAACAGGAAGGCAGAAUGAGGCCUGUUGUUUAAUUCAGGAAGCAGAUUCCAGGCGGACGCGGCGUCGCUUCCGGUGUCAACAUGGACGCCGCCAUGGGUUUCUGUUUCGAGGAUUCGGAUUUUGCGGAACCCAGGUCUCGGCUGAUGGGGACAGGGGAAACCUAUGUGGCCAAGCAGUGCGAGCCUCAGUGGUUUACAGAAGAAGUGGAUAGUGAAGAUUCCAUUGAGAUUCUCACGGCACUGAAGUUCAGAGCAGAUAUGGCCUAUAGACUGAAGGACUUUGAGAAAGCUCUUGGGGAUUAUUGCAGUUGUUUCCUGAUGUUGCCACCUACCAACAUUGCAAUGAGAAGGGACGUCCAGGAAAGCCGAGCGCGCUGUUUAGUUAACCUGGGACGAUAUACAGAAGCUUUGGAGAUAGCUGAGAGUUUGAGAAAUGGAGUAUUUAACACCGACCAAUUGACGUGUACUCUCAACCUACAAGUCACCAUAUUGGAUCACCUGGGGAACCUGCCAAAAGCCUUGUCCUGUUUGCAGCAGCUCAUUUCUUUACACCCAUUGAAUCCAUGGAUUUGGAAGAGACUGGGGGAAUUCUACACAAGGGCCCAUCUCGCUGCCUCCAAUCAGGCGACUGGUUCUGUGGAGAGAAAUCGAUUUGAUUUGCAUCUAGAGAGUAUACUGGCAAAUAAUGCCCCAUUGCUGGAAGGAAAGGAGCGAGAGAAGCAAAGAGACUUAAAUAUGUUUUUCAGAAGUAAAGAAAUCUCUCACUGCUGUAGUCCGACUGGGAGACCCAUAAAUAGAACUGAUAUGGAUUCUUGUAGGCUCUCCUUGUUGGAAUUAGGCACCAAAACAGAUCUGUUGAUGUUCUCAUGCGCAUCUUUCAUCCGUGCAAGGCUUCUCUUCCAGUUUGUGCAGCCUCAGCAGGCCUCCUUUGUGCUGGAUAAGAAUCUUAAGGCCCAAGGGGAAAUUGAAGAGCAGCUGAAAGUUUAUAGACUGAAAGACACAAUUGAAAACCUUAUGGCAGAGAUGAUGGGAGGAGAUCUUUUGCCAGACCAUAUAAAAGAUGAAGGGGCUGCCGACACAAAAAUCACGCUGGCGCUGUCCGCAUUCAGGAUGCCCUCGGAUUCCGAGUUUAAAGACAAGUGGUUCCAGAAAAUCGUCUCACUCUACUCUUGCUAGAGGCCGUAUAAUGGGAUCAUAAAUAGCCACGGGUGAAUCUGACCCAUUUUGCCUCGCUGAAAAUAUUCGGACUCGCGACAAAUGUUUUCACCCAUUGGUGUCUAUGAGUCGCGGCAAAACUUGGCGAAAAAUUUCACUCAUCAUUAAACAUAAAACAGACAGCAUUUAUAGGCAGCUGUUGCCAAGAGAAGGAUUUUUGGCUGAUCACCUUCAGAGAAAUCCAGUUUUUGGGACAGAUACUAAUGCAGCUCUAGUUCCCAUUGCCGCUAUACAUGAUUCCUAAACUUUCCAACAUUCAGAGAUGUAAAUGACUUUGUGUAAAUAUAAAAGUAAUGUGUUAUUCUUCUGUGCCAUUAAAUCGUUUUUUUCUAUUA